CAUGGGGCCAAGCCCGGGUUCUGGGGAUCUCCGUGGGUUCGGCGGGACAGUUGGGGGCGGCUGGGAGACUGCGCGGGCGAAUGGCCACACGCAACACAGCUAUACCAGCAUGUACCAGAGAAACGCUGGCCCAUCGUGUAUUCGCCACGUUACAACAUUACCUUCAUGGGCCUGGAGAAGUUGCACCCCUUUGAUGCUGGGAAAUGGGGCAAAGUUAUCAACUUCCUGAAAGAAGAGAAGCUGCUGUCGGAUGGCAUGCUGGUGGAGGCGCGGGAGGCCUCAGAGGAGGACCUGCUGGUGGUACACACGAGGCGCUAUCUCAACGAGUUGAAGUGGUCCUUUGUGGUGGCUACCAUCACUGAGAUCCCCCCUGUCAUCUUUCUCCCCAACUUCCUUGUGCAGAGGAAGGUGCUGAGGCCCCUGCGGACCCAGACUGGAGGCACCAUUAUGGCGGGGAAGCUUGCCGUGGAACGAGGCUGGGCCAUCAAUGUUGGCGGUGGCUUCCAUCACUGCUCCAGUGACCGAGGCGGGGGCUUCUGUGCCUAUGCAGACAUCACACUGGCUAUCAAGUUCCUGUUUGAACGUGUGGAAGGCAUUUCCAGAGCCACCAUCAUUGAUCUGGAUGCUCAUCAGGGCAAUGGGCAUGAGAGAGACUUCAUGGGUGACAGGCGUGUAUAUAUCAUGGAUGUUUACAACCGCCACAUCUACCCUGGGGACCGCUUUGCUAAAGAGGCCAUCAGGCGGAAGGUGGAGUUGGAGUGGGGCACAGAAGAUGAGGAAUACCUGGAAAAGGUGGAGAGGAACGUGAGGAGGUCCCUCCAGGAGCAUCUACCUGAUGUGGUGGUGUACAACGCAGGCACAGACGUCCUUGAGGGGGACCGCCUUGGGGGGCUGUCCAUCAGCCCAGCGGGCAUUGUGAAGCGGGAUGAAGUUGUUUUCCGGGUGGUCCGAGCCCACGAUAUACCCAUCCUUAUGGUGACCUCGGGUGGGUACCAGAAGCGCACAGCUCGUAUUAUCGCUGACUCCAUCCUCAAUUUGCAUGACCUGGGGCUCAUUGGGCCUGAGUUUCCCUGCGUCCCGGCACAGAACUCAAACAUUCCCCUGCUUUCUUGUGCUGUACCUUGACAGCUACCCACAGAGCAUUACCAUAUCUGCCCCCCAACCCCGUUCACCCGCCCACCGCCUGUGUUUGUUGCUGUGAAGACAGCUGCCAGUGAGCGUGGAGGGGCAGGAAGAGCAGGAGCCCAGCCUUGCUGGCUGCUCCUCCACUCCCCACCAGGUGCCCAAGGGUCUCUGGGCCUUGGGGUGGAAGAGCUGAGUCCCAGGGAGGAGCCCUCACAGGAUGCAGGCAGGCUCCAGGCACAGGGAGGGACCUCUGGAAUAGGGUCACCUGCUGUCCAGAUCGGCCAGAAGAUGGGCCCUCCCUGACCCGGUUGGUUUACGCCCUCACUUCAUUCUGGAGAAGGUCCACCCCUGGGUGAUGGUGACCAUGGGUCUGAGGAAAGUUUCCAUAGCCAGCCUCCAGAGGGCGCUGGGUUCCUAGCCAACAGGUAGAAGUCCCUGAUGCGGAUAUGUAGGCCUAGGGAAGGAAGUUGGGAUUUUCCAGUUUGGGUUCCCCUCAAUAAAUCAAGGUCUAGACCUGUUUUCCCAAGCCCCUCUAUAGUGUUGGGGUGGGAUGUUGAGGAUGCCCCAGGCCCCCACUUUGGCAUGGGAGUGAGUUUGGGAGGAAUGUUUAGCUCAGAAGUGACCCUCCAAACUGGAGUUUUUAAGGAGCUAUUGACCAGGAUGGAGAGGAGAGGAAGGUGAUACCCAGCAGCAGGAGUCAGAUGGGGGCUGGUGGCCAAGCUAGCCCUAGGUGGGGCUUCCUGGAGGGAGGGCAUCAAACGUAACAUUUACAUGCAGUGGCUGCACAGACCCUGGGUGAGUUACAAUCUCCACUGGCCUCACCCAAAGUGCUAGUUUUCCAUCACUGUCUGUGGCCCCAGGGUCAACCUGCCCUCUGGCCAUUUUACUCUAAAGGUACAGCCAAGGCCCUCCAUGACCUAGGCAGAAAAGCACCCACCCCUAGCCAGUGAUUGGCAGCUUAACCAAUGGCACAAGAGUAGGAGGAUGUGGGCCAGUUGGGUUUUCUCCUGCCUUGGAUCUGCCCCAACUACAGGACUCAUAUUCAUUACCAUGUGGGGUAUUCCCACAGCCUCCAUGGUGUCCUUCAUACUCCCUCUGCCGGAGUGGGGAGGAUGCCAAAGUCACCAAUCGUCCAAACCACUGACCUGGACCAAACCCCACGGUACUAACAAUGCACUUCCACACCCCUCUGCCAUGGCCUUCCUGCAUCUGACUGGAGGCACCUCCCAGGACAUGGGGAGUGGUGACAGCACAGUUUGUCAUUGUGGAGUUUCUGUCAGAGUGACAGACAGGCUCCAGGUUGUUGCUGUGUGUUCUGAGGUAGACAGUCCUGCCUCCUGAGGACCACUGGAAAUAAAGAUUUAAAAUUCACCAAUCCA